AUGGGUAAGACAUCUGAAGGGGGUCCCUCUGCAAUGUGGGAUAAAGAAGUCACCAAUAUAUUUUGUGAUCUAUGUUUAAAAGAAAUUGAGCCGAGGAGCAGGCCUACAACGUACUUUAAUAAGGAAGGCUGGAAUAAUAUUGGUAUGAGGUUCAAAGAACUGACUGGCAGAGAUUACGACAAGCUUAAAUUCAAAAAUAAAUGGGACCAAUUAAAGAAGGAAUGGAAAAUAUGGAAGGAGUUGAAACGUGGAUCUACAGAUCUGGGUUGGGAUCCGAUUAAACGGACAAUUGAUGCUCCCACUGAAUGGUGGACUGAGAAAUUGGAGCAAAAAGGGAUGCCAGAUGAAUUUACCCCUGAACCAUUGACACCUGAUGAAGAUGUGUGUAGCAUUAAUCAGAGAGAUACGAGGGACUCUAGCACAAUAAAGAGGCCCAAGGUUGCUAAGAAAAAUAAAGAGAAAAAACAUGUUUUGAACACCUCCUUCGAUCGUUUGAUUGAAGCAUUUGCAGAUCUACCUAUCUCUGAUGCAAGCAUAUUAACUGUCUGA